AUGGCUAACAAGCGACGUAAUUAUCAAGGAGGUCCGUUUUUAAUUUUGCCUUUUUUCUUAGGAAAGCGAUGGGUUAUUUUGGGUCAUUAUUAUUAUCGAUUGGUCUUUGGCAUGGUGCGAGCUUCAAGCGCAUUUUGCAAAAUGUUUAUCUACGAAAACAAUAUUUUCGGAAAAUUUAAAGUCUCUUCUAUUCCAUUGUUUUUAUCCCUGUUGAGUCAUAUUUUAACGUAAGGAAGUUCGAGUUUAUAAAAUAAGUUUUGAAAGUAUUGAUAUUUAUAUGAUUUUUUUCAUCAAAUUAAACUUCUUUGGUUUUUGAUGAAAAAUAUUUUUGCAGAAGAGCGGCUGGUAGAUCCUUUUGAGGACCAGGCCUUCGACAUCGUCGAAUUCCUCGCCGCCGAUCAAGGGUUGGUUUUUUUGUUUUAUCUUCUUUUUAUCUCGAACUCUUUCUGAGAAUUUCAAAAUACUCAUCAGAAAGCUUGUUUUUAUCGUUGUGUGAAAAUCUUUUAGUUGAUUUUGAUAAGACUCACGUUACUUACGAACAAUAAACAAAAAGAAAAAACCAGAGUCUUUGUUUAGAAGUCUGAAUCGUUUUUCAAACCGUUUUAACUUUGUAUUUCACAAAACAACCAAAAAAUUAAUUUUUUUGCAGUGUUGAGGGUCUCGAGGAGUUUUAGACACAGUUAGAACUUCAAUUCACCUUGCACAAUUUUUGAAUUUUCAAAAUUUUUCCAGGAAAGUUGUAUUUUUUUUUUUCAGUUUCGGCAACGUAGAAGAGGAUCCGAACCGCCUCCAUCGCCAGCCGCCUUCACAAAUGCGUCAUUUGCACCAUCAGAACGUGGUGCCCGACCCACAGCACAAUACCAACAACGGAAUGUACCAGGUCCACUGAUAAUCUUUUCAUUGUCAAAUUAGUUAUCUGAUGAAUUUUUUGGGUGUUAUGGGGGUUUUUUUUUGAGUUGCGAGCACAUGUUGUUCGAAGAGAAAUCAGAAAGUAAAAGCGCUAUGAACGCUUAGAGAAAGAUGAAACCAAAAUCAUGUUAUUUUCUUCGAAUUAAGGAUAUUUAGCGUGAUAAGUUUUUUUUCGGCACGAAGGACAAGAAAUCUGUAUAAUUUUUACCUUUCCUUCUUUCAACCUUUGAAAAAAAAACAUUCCAUUCAUUUAUACACAUUUUUCCCUCCUAUCCUCGAUCAGAUCUGCUUGAGAAUUGAAAAAAAGUGCUUUUUUUCUAAUAUUUAAAAAGAUGAUUUAAUUAUUCCAAAAAGAGUUUAUAAUUUUUGAAACUUUGAAAAGCUCAUGGAUUUCAAUGAAAAGAAAGUUAUUAGGGCUUAAAAAACGCUUGCAAAAAAAUUCUGAACUCAAGUUUCAAAGAAUAAGAACUUCUGAUCAGUUCUUCUUUCUAUGAAUUGCAUAAUCAAUUUUAGCUUUCUGAUUUUUUUGUUUUACUUCGAGAUAUGAAAUGAUUUCAAAAAGAGGAUUUUUUUGUGCAGUGCAUUUGCAAGCUCAAAAAAACCAGAAUAUGUUUCACCCUAAAAAAAGACAAAAAAAAUAUUUUUUUAUCAAUGUUCAUUCAUUUUUUUGAGGAUUUCAGAUGUCCCACAAUCGUCUUCCCGACACGCCGCCCAUCACUGAGUUUUCCGGAAACGGAUCUUCGGGCUCGCCCUCCAGCAAUUCGGACGCGCCUUUCUCACCUGAUGCUUAUCCCUUUUCCGGUCCGUUUUAUUUUGUUCCUUCCAUGUUUUCUUGACCCAGAUCUCGGGUUGUUUGUUGGAAGCUUCACGUCAUUUGUCGGUUUUCGAAGAGGGAAAGACGCCGGUUUGUUCCGAUCAUCUUGAGACGACCUCUCCUUUUUUUUCUCUCGCUUUUGUCCGAGUGUCCGUGACCUUCACACAAUUUCGUGUCAACCACCGAAAAAUGCUAAAAUCUUCGUCUGCCGCCGAUCCGCUCCUCUUCUUUUUUUUCUGCCGAUUUCUAGGCCUUCUUUACCGGUUGAUGGGGACUUUUCGAUGAGAAAAAAAAAGAAGUUGAUUGGAUUGAAUUUGAAGUUUUUGAUGAUUUUCUUUGAAGUUUUUGAGGAUUAUUAUUAUUAUCUCAUUUCAUCACGUCGACUAGUCGGUCUCAUUGCCGCUCUCUCAUGGGAUAAUAUUCCGACGCCCGUCUGCCCUGGACAAGCUGGGCGCUGUACUGUUCCAACAUGGUGAAGCAGUUUAUUCGCUGGUACUACCAACGGGCCCAAAUAAAUUCCCAACGCUAGUUGUCACGCCGGGACGUUUUGGACAACGAUUGUGGACCGCAACCCGUGCCGACGACAAACUCUUCGAUUAUACCAUGAUUCAGCAGAGAUUUUUUUUUCUACAUCUUACUCUGAAGACUGAAUAAAUUGUGAAUUGUUGUGAUGAUUUUCUGAAUUCAGAUAUCAAAAUCGCUUUUCAAACUGUGAAGGUGUUAGAUUGGUUCAUUGAUUUGAAAAAUAUUUAAUAUUAACUCUUAUUUUUUUAUUUAUUCCUGUGAUUUGAGUUGUAAUUGUCAGAUAAAAAAAUGAAACAAUGUUUUUCAAAACUUAUUUUGCUAGCUUCAAUAUUUUUCCAUUUUGUCAGCAACGGAAGUAUCAAAUUUAGAAAUUUUCCGAGGUUUUAUAAAUAUAUUCGGGAGAUAAAUUUUUUCUACUAAUUCUGUUUUUUUUUUCGGAGAAAGAGUAAUCGACUUGUGGCCUUUGCUCCAGAUGCCCUUGUAAGGUCAUGAUUGGUUCAAAUUCCGAAAACGGCGCCGUCUGUCUCAAUCGAAACCUCUGCAAGGCCAGAUGGCCAUUUUCUUGACCUUUUUUUCGAAUUCCGAUCGAUGAGAAAUGUGGCUAAUAUCUGAAAAAAAAACAUCUAAAAUCUACUUCACUCUAUAAUUUUCUCAAAUUUUUACUUAUUUAUUAAAUUUUUAGCUUUGACCUUGAAAAACUUUCAUAGGGACGGUUUUUAAUAUUAUUCUGAUUGUCUCAAAUGCUUGGAUAAAGGAAGAUAGGUCAAACCUUUGGACUGCGUGCAAAAAAAAAAACGACGAUGUACAAGCAUUAGGAAUGACCACUUUUCAGUGAACGGCAACCCGGUGAACAACAACGGAUUGAUCCUGGGAGUGCACGACCUGCAGCCGAACAUGAUGCAGCAGGAGUUCAUGGCCCGACAACACGCCAACCAGAUGAACUCGCCGCCGAGCGCCGCCUGCUUCAUGUCGCCGUACCCCAACAGUCAGAUGACUCCCGCCAGCAAUGCCCAGGUCUGCAUUCUCCGUAGAAGUCUCGGUUAUUUUUCGAUUUGCAGGUGUCUCCCUCACCUGGCGUGUGCAACGAGAACUACUCGAUCCGUCAGUACAACUCCGGACAGAUGGAUCUCUACAGCAUGUUGAACGGCUCGAGCGAAGGCAGCAUCGACAGCCAGAAUCCAGACGCGCCGAUGAGCCGCAAAAGGGCCCGAGUCGACUCGCAAAUCGACAAGUUCAUGCCGGCGAUGGGCAAUCCGAUGGCUUCCAGUCCUAUCGAUGGAUCCUAUCCAGAUGAGACCUACGGCCAGCAGGUACUGAAUGUUCCAAGUCACAUUCACCUCUUGAAAAUUUUGCUAUUUUGGGAGUUGUUUUUCAAAUCAAAUCUCUUUUACAAUAGUCAUAAAAAACUAUUAGAUUUUUGAUUGAAUUUUAUCAUCAAGGUUUGAUGAACAUAUAAUCGAGAGAGUUGAAAGACUGAUUGAGAAAAAGUUUCACGAAUUGCCUGAAUUUUGACAUAUCUGAAAGUUUCAACUAGUUUAUUUUUAGUUAGAAUAAAAUAAAAACUCACUAGUCAGCGUUUCUUAAGAGUUAGUUCAUUUCGAAUUCAAGCUUUUUAUUCUCAAAGAAAAAGAAAAUGACGAAGGUUGGAAGUUUUGGAAUCUUCAUCUAGUGAUUUUCGGCCACGAUAUUCUGGGAUUUCAGGUGAUCAAGUUCAAUCAGUUCCAAGAAGAACAAUGGAACGCACUGUAUGAUGCGAAUGGAAGAGAACUCAAACAGUUGCAAGUCCACGUCGUGGCCGACAAGGGCUUCAACUAUUCCUCUGUCGAUAACUGCUUCGUCAAUCAGAAGAAAAAUCACUUCCAGGUAGGAUUGCGAGAAAAAUGGUCUCCUCACUCGGGAGUUCUAGAUUUCGGUUCACGUUGAAGCAUGCGACAACAUGCCGCCGAAGAAUGUCCGAUAUAACGGGGUUUUGGUGCCUAUUCAAGACUUCAAACUGUCUUUCUGCGGCGUCAAAGCCGAGGUGAUUAUUUUGAAGUAUUCCCAAAUAAACGAAACGAAUUUGACAGAUGCCGACUUCGGAAGUAUGCAUCAAGCAGUCGAGGACUGAUCGCAAGCCUCACCCUCACAAUCCGGUGCCUUUCGAGAUCCAGGAACGCCGCAUGACAAAGGUCACCGUCCCACGACUUCACUUCUCCGAGACGACCCUCAACAACCAGCGCAAGAACUACAGACCGAACCCGGACCAGAAAUACUUCCUCCUAGUCGUUCGACUGCUUGCCAGCGUCUCUGACGACACUUCCAUCCUCAUUCAGUCCUACGGAUCAGAGAAGGUCAUCGUCAGAGCCACGAACCCUGGUUCCUUCGAGCCUCCAGAGUCUGACGUCACCUGGGCCAGAAACGGCAACAUCCUGACCAGCGCAGGACCCGUGUCCGUCGGUACUGACCGCUCGUUUGGAAAACUCACAGUUGAUGGUGACAUCUACACAACCGGCCGCGUCAUCUGUCCAUCAGAUCUGCGACUGAAGGAAGGUAUUGCAGAAAAAGAGGCUCGCGAUGCUCUCGAGAAUCUCUGCAAACUUCGCGUCGUUGAUUAUUUCUACAAGCCCGAGAUAGCCGAGAAGUGGGGCUUGACUGAGGACCAACGGAAAAGGACGGGUGUGAUUGCACAGGAGUUGGCAGCCGUCCUGCCUGACGCAGUCAAAGAUAUCGGAGACUACCUGACGGUCAACGAAUCACGCGUUUUCUACGAAACCGUGCUUGCCACUCAGGAGUUGUGUCGUCUCACCGGCGACCUCGACAGCAAGAUCGACGAAAAGGUAGAGGAAAUCAGCCAAAGAUUGGCUCGAUACGCCCGCCACAAGAAGCUGUUGGGAUCGAUGGCGUCGAACUUGAACGGCGAUACGCGUAGCAUGCUCUCCUACUCGCGGUCUUCGCUCGCCUCCACCGUCGUCGACAAGAGUCGCAGACGAAGCGGAAAGCGUGAUGCUCCUCAGCCGCUCUGCAACUCCAGACUCACCCAAGGCACUAUCAUCACCCUGGUCGUCGUCAUGGCAACUUGCCUCAUCGGAAUGUCCGCUCUGUAUGUUCUCGACUGGCACAAUCGCAACUACGGAUAUCACCACGUAUACCCCGCUCCCACCGCCAAGGAAGAACCGGCCAACAUGGUGGUUCCUGCAGGUGCGAUGACUUCGUAGAAAACGUUCUCAAGUUCGGAUUUUCAGAAAAUCGAGACUUACCUGUUAGCCAACCUGAUGCGCCGCCGUUAAUGUCCAAAUGUCGAUCGAACACAUGUCGAACCUAUUGUUGCUCUCCCGAGAAGGCAAAGUUCGACUACAGCUCAAUGGACGAAGUAAGUUCUGAGAACAGGCAGAUAAACACGAGCUCUACAGUUCUAUGGCUAGGCAAAAUAAAAUCAUUCAAAUGUUAUACAAACUAUUAGUUAUUCUUUUCAAACUUCAUCUACAGUCUUGCAACCAUCCCUUGAACGAAUCAACCAGCGACUUUUUUUUUGUAAAAAAUAACGUUUGGUUGGAAUUCCUUUUUUUUUUUUGAGAACUUCCAUGAAAGUGUUGCGUCGAAAAAAGCCCCACAACUUGUUUUGAAGCUGGAAGACGCGGCCGGCGUAGCGGACCACAAGAUGAUCGUGCAAAGAAGCGCUCCAUUGCGAGGUCCAGUCGGCUCUUCGUUCAGCUCCGGCGUCCAAAUCGCCAUCCCGAGCCACAACGUCACGAUCGACAGCCGUUACUGCAUCGAGAAGAGCUGCAGUCGUCGUCGCGGCAUCUUCAACCUCUACAUCCCUGUUUCGCCGUUCCUGCCUGAUGCGCCCAUCGAGAUUUUCUUCUCGUUAGUCGUAUAUUCAGAGGACUCGGUUGACAGCUGUGUUUCAGAGUCCCGCGCAGCAAGAUCGUCAACAACUGCGGCUACUUGUCCGAGUUCCAGCACAAGGACUGUUCUACCAAUCCUAACAAGGACCCUAACCAGUACCCAGUUUCGGAUCAGGUUAGAAUUUUAACUGAUUGGAAGAAUAUAAAAUUUUCAUAUUUAUGAAGGCUACAAAUUAAAACGAUGCAGAAAAGAAAGUUUCUAAUCACAUUUCCUACAAACAACAGUAGCUUUUUUUGCAAAAUGAAUCUAAAAUUUUUUUAGAAAAAAAUAAUUUUUCUCAGAGAAGUAUCUUGAAUUAGAAGUGAAAGAUGAAGAUAUCUACAAACAGAAAUCUCCAAUCACAAACUGCACAAAAUUUUUCCGUAUAGAAUUAAUAUCCUUAAUAUUUCUACAAAGCGAUUUUAGGCAAAUUUCUCUUUGAAUAAAUCCCUUUAUCAGAAUCCUUCAAAUACCCUAUAUAUUUUUACCUUCAGAACCAAGAAUCGAAUUUUUUUCUGCCCAUUAAAUGGAGGAAAACAUUUUGCAGAUCACGGAGGAUAUGUUCGAGCUGUCAGUCGGUUCAUACAUGCAGUCGGCGUACCGAUUCCGCGUGGCCCACACGACGGAGGCCUGUUUCGCCAACGAGGAGCACCUGCACAGCAGCUACGAAGAGUACAACCUCAUCUUCUACAGGACAUGCGCGGCGCCUUCCGCUGACGCCAACGCCGAAAUCCCUCCGUUUUAG